CGGGUUAUAAGUUAUGCAGGUGCGGGAUAGACCAACGGACAAUUCAUAUUUCAAAUUCCGUGUUGUCUUCAUUCACAUCUGAUAUUGGAGAAUGGGGUCAACUAGCCAGUCUGAGGAGGGUCUGUCGGGGUGUUCUCUGAAGACGCCGAGUUAUCCCAGCAACUGUCUCGCCUUCUUGAACUCUCCACCCACAGUCCAACCUAGCCAGACAGCUCACGUCCGUUUGAACAUAAUCAUCGUCGGCGCCGGACUAGGCGGCUUAGCAACUGCCAUCGCCCUCGCCAGCACCGGACACACAGUCACCAUCUACGAACAAGCCGCCGAGCUUGGAGAGGUCGGCGCCGGCAUCCAAAUCCCCUCCAACUCAACCCGCCUCCUAAGCAGACUCGGUCUAGAUCCCUAUCUAGAAAAAUACGUCACCGAGCCCGAAACAAUCUCAUUCCGUCGCUGGGAAUCCGGAGACAUCAUCGGCUUAACUAAACUAAUCCCUAAUUUCCGGGAAACUUUCGGUGCGCCGUACUAUGUUAUUCACCGGGCGAAUUUUCAUUCUGCGCUGCAUGAGCGAGCGUUGGAUCUUGGUGUCAGUGUUAGGCUUGCGGCGAGAGUGGUUAAAUAUGAUUCCCAGGGUGGGAGUAUUACUCUUGCGGAUGGGACGUCUGCGUCGGCGGAUUUGAUUGUCGCUGCUGAUGGAGUCAAAUCUAUCGCGCGCCGCGAAGUCGAUGGCUCAGAUCGUCCGCCCUUCGAGCGGACGGGUUUCGCAGCAUACCGUGCUACUGUGGAUGUUCAUAAAAUGAAAGCCGAUCCCGAGAUCUCAUGGCUACUGGACAGACCGAGCCUGAAUAUCUGGAUCGGAAACCAACGACACGUCAUGACUUACACCAUCGGUGCAGGCAAGUCGUUCAACAUGGUUCUCUCGCAUCCUGAUAACACGGAUCCAUCGACCUGGGAUCAGUCCACCGCUUUGAGUGAUAUGAAGCGCGAAUUCCAAGGGUGGGAUCCAAGACUCGAAAAAAUCAUCACUAUGAUUGAAACAACCAUCAAAUGGCCCCUAGUCAGCGGAACCCCUCUACCACGCUGGACAACCGGCCGUCUAGUUAUCCUCGGCGACGCAGCGCACGCCAUGCUUCCCUACAUGUCCCAAGGCGCCGCAAUGGCCGUAGAAGACGGCCUCGCCCUCUCCCGUACCCUCUCAAAACUAACGCACCUCAGCAACCUCCCCCACGCACUCCAAAUCUUCGAAAAGGUGCGCAUCCCACGCGCAACAAAGAUGCAAGAAGCCAGUCUACUGAAUGGCAAGUUGUGGCAUUUCCCCGAUGGGCCUUUGCAGCAGGCUCGUGAUAAGGCCAUGAGACCUGAGACGGUGGGUGAGACUUUUGCUCAUAGUCCGAAUCAGUGGAGUGAUCCGGCGACGCAGAUGUGGGCUUAUGGGUAUGAUGCGGAGGGGGAGGUUGAGAGGGUUUGGAAGGAGGAGACCCAGGAGGGUAAGGAAAGGGGGAGUGUUAGGAGUCAGCUUUGAUGGGGAUGAGUGAAGUAAAGGAUGGAGGUUGAGAUGUGGUGUUGCUGCGAUUGGGUUGUGCAUUGUCAUUGCUGGAGAUUUCCGCUUCAGCUUGGCACUUUUACCUAGAUUGUUCUUCUUUGUGUGUGUGUUUGUUGGCCUUCCAAUCUAAAAGAGGCCUCUAGAUUCUCUUCUCGGGAAAACUUUUCAUAUUCUCUCGGAACGCUAUAUCGCUCAAUAGAUCUAGU